UUGGAAAUGACAAGGAGUAAACCUGGAGUAAACUUGAAGCAUUGCUUGUCUUGUAACAGAAGUGUGCGCAAGGGUCGAUGUUUGUAACGAAACGUAGAGAAAAGUGUACAUCCUGAUCUUGAAGUUGAGAGAGUAUUGUAACUUAACUUCUAUUUACGUGUAUUCAAUUCGAACGUCGAAAUUAAACUGGUUUGAGUUACAUUAAUUGAGAGAUGGCAGCCACAGAAGUCCAAAGUAAGAAGAAAUGUGUUUGUUCAGAACGCAUGGCACAACUGGAAGAUGCGGUGAAGGAACUGAACUCUCGUUUAAGUGUGGUGGAGGAAUGCCUUCUGGGUAUGGAUAGUAUGCGUGGUCGAAUGUUCCAGCUGGAGAAAUCCAUGGAAAAUGCACUGGAUAGAAUCAUGCCACGCCUAGAUGCUCUUCUCGCAGGGUUACCAGCAAGUGCGACAAGUCAGAUAGCAUCAAAGCCUCCGCUUUUCCCACCAUAUCCCAACCCGUCUUCCCCUACUCGAGCAACAGCGUCUUCUCCCUCUGCGAGCAGCACAUCUCAACCUGCGGCACGCGCCAAGCCUGGCAGUGGAAUGCCAUGCUCUGGAUGCCAUUCGAAAGCAGCAUGUGCCUGCCCCAAGAACACUUCCUUGGCAGACGCUGGUCCUGUCAAAAAUGGAUUAUCUGCAGCUUCUGCCAACACCAGUUCAGGUGCUGCUUCAGUUACUGAGAGGGCCUCGUCGAAGGAGAAGGUUGUCUUGGCAGAGAAGCCAGCCCCAGUUGCUGCUCCAGCGGACCUCUCUGUGCAUAUUCUGGAGCUUGAGAGGCAGCUUCGUGCAGCUGCUGGUCGCGGGGAUGUGGUAUUGUGCCAGAAAAUAAUGAUGAGUGGCGACACGGCUCUGCACUGUGCAGCCCGUGGAGGCCACCUGGGAUGCAUCAUGUUGCUGCUGGCUGUUGCCAAGAAUCUGGUGAUCAGUGCUAACAAGCAGCGGCAAACCCCGCUGAUGUUGGCAGCGGCCAAUGGACAUGUGGCGUCAGUGCAGUUGCUUUUGCACCAGGGCAAGGCCUGGACCAAUCGGCAGGGAGGUAGCAAAGCUUUGAAGCAAGCUGUGACAGACAAGAGAGACGAUGUACUGCAAGCUCUACUGGAGGGAGGGGUGAACGCCAACGCAGAGGAUGGCUCUUCCGGGCCUAACCCCCUGCAGCUGGCAGCAUCCAGCGGACACGUGUCGAGCCUUCAACUGCUGUUGGAACAUGGAGCGGACAUAGGGCAGAUCAAUGGGGAAGGGCAGACAGCCCUACACAAGGCAGCCCUGAACGGGCACAGUGAGUGUAUAGCAGCUCUCUUAGCUGCUGGUGCAAACCCCUUGGUAAAGGAUGCCAGCGGUUGGGAGCCUCUUCACCUGGCAGCACGUGCAGGGCAUAUUGAAUGUGUGAAGCUUCUGUUGGCUUCUGGCGUAGACGUGAACCGCCCAGCUGCAAACGGUCAGACUCCCUUGGUGUGUGCAACAAACGAAUGCCCCGAGGUGGAAGAAGUCUUGCGGGCUGCCGGUGCUGCUGUCGAACCAGUAGCAAGAGACAGCUUGUGAAUUGGAGUUGUGUGAAUUUGUCAAAUGUUGGUGUGCGUUGCAAAAUACUUGUAUGGAGAAGUUUGUACUGUGAUGAAACAGGAAAUUUUUCUUCACAUUUUCAUGUAAUAGGUUUGUUUUAUGACUACUCAGGUUCCAGAACUGACUGUGAAUAGGUCUCUGUGUGGAACACACAAACUUGAAAUAAAAUUGACAACACAGAAAUCAUUCUGUAAGGACUUCAUGAAGACUUCUGAUUAGAUUAAUUGUAUAUACUUGCUAAGUCAGUGUUUAAUAUUUAAGAAAUGUUAGUCUAGAUGUAUAGCAUUAUAUCGUUUCCCGGAUUAUCUUUUCAAUUGCAAUGAAAGUGGCUCUGAGAUUCAUUAAUUGCUAUUUUUAUUUCAUCUUGCAUACAUAGCUUUUGGACUGGAAGUGAGAGAUUCCUUAUUUCAAAAAAUUAUUAUUGUUCAGUUCAAUGAGAUAUUUUGUAUUUUUGUAAUUUCUUAAAAAAAUUUGGCUAACAAUGCUGUUUUUAUUACUUUUUCACAUGCUAUUUACAUGUAUAGAAAGAGCUGCAGAAAAAUGAUAUUGAAAGUACCUGAUUUUGUAAAUGUGGAUAAUUCGUAUUCCAAUAUGUAGUAAAUUAUUUCCUCUAAAAUGUGUAGACAAAUUUGACAUUUGGUCAGAGUGGUCAUUUACUGGAAUACUAGGGAAAAUGGGGGAAAUCAAGGAAUUUCUGUGCUCUGGAAAAGUCAGGGAAAAAUCAAGGAAUUUGAAGAAGAAUCAUAUGAAGUCUUGGACAAUUUUGAGAUGGUUACAUAUUGUAUUUACCCAAUUAUAAGUCGACUCUGAAUUUAAGAUGACCCCCUAAGUUUCAAGAGGCUUCCUGAGAAUUUAAAAAAAAUUUAACUAAUUCUUACUAUUUAGUCAAAAUAAAAUUCCAAAUUGUCUUAUUGACUAGAAAAUUGCCUUGUUGAUGAGAAUGUUAAGACGUUUUUGAACUAUUAUUUUCUUGUUCCUUAAAAUCAUCAUAGUCAUGGUUAUUGUCUCUAACCUCAUCAUCUUCACAUGUAUCAAUGUUUUUAUAUCUUUUUGAUACUUCCAUGCUGCAGCAUCUGGCUUUCUAGGCCCCUCUGAAAGUUCUGCGCAUUAAAUUUGCGUUGUUCUAUGUCUUUCAUCAGAUGCCAUUUAAGAAACUUUCCCUUCUGUGUCACCUGACUCUCUUGCACUUGUUGAUGACUUUUGAUUCUUUAACAGUUCAAAACACAGAUUUGCACUAGCCAGACAUUGAACCAAUAUUCUGCAGCCUCGUCGAAUGUGCAUUGUAACAAAAUCACAGCAUUCAUUUUCACGUUAUGUUUCAUUUGAUACAAUGCUGUUUGUUAGAGAUUCUCUCUUUAACGACCCAUUACAAAAGUAUUGAUCUGAAUUACCCGACAAAUUUGUGGUGGAUGGAAAAUUCAACCGCAAAUAUAAUAUUAUGUAUUGUAGAUAUGCACAAUAUUUUACUUUCUUCACAGUUUAUUGUUACAUGAACAUUGAAGAGUUUCACGCCAGACCAACAAUGUAAAAGCAUAAGCUUAACUUAAGCUGUACUAGGCUUAAUCUGCAAACCUCAUGUUUUUUGACUAAGAUAUUUAGGAAAAAACCUCAUCUUAUAUUCGGGUAAAUACGGUAAUGAAGCAUUAUUUUUUGCUCAAUUUCUAUUUGUUGAUUUUUUUUUAUUUGUACUUUAUCCGGGUGAAAUCUGAGAACUGACAAAUUAGUUGGAAGCUUGCUGUAAUAUCUUUUUUAAAUAGUGUGAAACACACUACAUAUUUUAUCUGUGAAAAAUGUUUAAAAUGCUCGGUUGAACCGGGAAAAGUCAGAGAAUUUUGUUUCAGGAAAUUAGUGGCAACCCUAUUUGUGGUUCUUGUGUUCUGUCAGUCUGAAAAAUUGGUUUACGGCAGAAUGUCUGCCUGCCCAUCUCUUAACAACCAGUUAAUGGGGGCAAAACUGUAGGCAGCAUUUUCACCUAAAUUGAUAUUCCCCAAUCAAUUCGGCUGAUGUCACGGCCCCUUGCAUUUGAAACAGAUAUUUUGAUUUUUGAAGAUACCUAACACAAAGCAUUAAGGAGAUUUUCAAAUUUUUUUUAAAAAAGGCUUCAAUUUCAGUAAUUUUUUACUCCGCUUAGACAAAGUACAAAGAAAAUGGCACAGGUACAAUUUUCGAAGAACUCUAUGAAUUUUCAAAACUUGCAUAAGUUCAAAAUUUGUUUGGUGCCUUCUUGCAAUAUUGUAAAUUAGAUAUUUUUUAUCAAUGAAACGACGUAGAAAUGUUAAGGAAAAGGUUCCUUUGAAAUAAAUUGCAUUGAAAAUUGUAUUUUGGACAGACUCCAAGAUAUUUUAUGUUAAAUCACGAAGACCAAAAGCUAAAGCUUCAUCAUGAAAUUGGACAUAAGUUAUGGAGAGACUAAUCCCCUUACAAGUUUGAGGUUAUAAGAACAAUGCCAUUCUGCAUGGCUGGAAAGAUGAACUCUACAUGUUUUCAGCAAAAAUUCU